UUCUUGGGAAAGAUAUCAAACAUGCAGUCAGAAUUACAGCAUAGAAGAGCACACAAUUUGAAGAACACUUUUCUUGUAACUUCUUCUUAACUAAACUAUGAUAAAAUCAUUCCCCAAGGCAUCAAAAGAGAACAUCAACCGAAAUUUAUCGAAGAAAAAAAAUUGUAUUGCUUGAGUAGUAAAACAUUUGUCUGUCUAGUUACAGUCGAAUGUUACUGUGCUAUAUUCUAAGUAGCAUCUAGUAUUCUAAGUAGAUCCGGGAAAUAUUCGUUUAUAGCAUCCUUCCGCUGUAGCAUAUCCUUGUAGCUGCACAGUGUCAGCUGGAUGUGUGUAACAGCUGGCUGGUCGACGAACAAGGACAUGCGCAAACAGCAAUGUUUGGUGGUGUCUGGAUCCCGAGAAUGGACCAAAACUCCAGACAGCGUGAGCAAGGUGCACCCAACGCUCCAACAUGGACCAUCCGAACAGUAGAAGCGCUAUCAACGAUCCCAACCAGUGCCGGCUGUGUAUGCGGGUGUGUGACGAUAACUUCCUCGAGUGUAUCUUCUCCGACAAGGAGUACAGCAUAGCGCAUCAAAUCUUUGAAUGUACCUCGAUACGGGUGACGAAGCAGGAUAAUCUAACGAAGAUAUGCAAAAACUGUGCCUCACUGCUGUUUCUGACGACCGAGUUUCGCAACACGUGCUUCAAGACGAACCGGUUGCUGAUGGAGGACUUUGUCAUACUGGAGCUGGGAGAUUGGGCGUCCGACAGCAACCGGGUGCUGCUGCGCGAAUGCGAGAACUUUAUCGUGCGGCACAAGCAGCAGGUAGACUACCUGUACGCCAGCAUCGUAUCGGAGGGCGAGCAGUAUCUGGAAGGUUCGUUGGAGAUCGAGCGAGAGCUGUUUGGCGGCGAGGGACAGCAAGAAGAGCAUCUCGAGGAACAUCAGCAGGAGCAGCAGCAGGAUGAGGUGGAUAAAACCAGUGGAAGUGAGACCCGAAGGCCCGGGCCGCAGUCUGGGCGGUUAGAACAGUGCGAACCGGAUCCGGAGAUACUGCUGGAGAUUACAAAAUUUCUUGAAGAGCAAACACCCCGCCUACCGGACGGUGGGCGCCUCGAUGCAACGGAGCACGUGGUAGAGCAGAGGCGUCGUUGUGGGCUUUGCUGUGUGCUAAGCGAUGUCACGCUGGAGUUAACCAGUGACCAACUAAAAGCGCUUGGAGCAUUAAAUGUCGACAAGACCCCACAAGUGUGUGAGGAGUGCUGCAUCCUGCUGGACAUUGUAGACAGCUUUCGGAAAACCACCACCAUCGCCCGGGAGCUCUCGGGCCAGGAGCAGCGGGCCCUGGAUGUGCUCCAGCUCGACAGUGCACUGGAGCAGGCGAAAUGCUUGGCCAGCAAGCUAAGGCACAAGCAUGACGCCUUCGCCGGAUUGCAGUGCAGUGGCGGCAGCAUGGACGCGUCCAGCACGACGUCCUCCCCGGCGGAGCGUCAAAGCGUGCCGAGAAAAGCCUACAAACGGGCGAAGGUAACCUGCCACAUCUGUGGCAAGCAGUACGACAGCUGGAAGCUGCAAACGCACCUGAACGAGCAUGAGAACAUUCGGCCGUACGUGUGCGAUCAGGAGGGUUGCAGCAGCACCUUCGCCGGAUUGGUGUUGCUAAAUCGGCACAAGAAGCUGUGGCAUACCGAUUACUUCUACGCGGUGUGCAACGUGUGCGGGAAGAAGUGCAAAACGCAAGGCAUCUACAAAACGCACCUCUCGUACCACGAAGAGCCAAAGCUACCGUGCACGGUUUGCGGGAAGCUGAUGCGCAACAAGCGCGCUAUCUGGAAGCACAUGAAGACGCACAGCAACGACCGGAAGCACGUGUGCGGCGUGUGCAACAAGCGGUUCACGAUCGCGUACACACUCCGGGUUCACAUGCGCAUCCACACGAACGACAAGCCGUACCCGUGCGCCGACUGCGACAAGCGCUUCCAGUACAAGUGUCUGCUGAAGAACCACUGCCGGCGGUACCACGGCGGAGGGAACGAGCCGGCGCCCCCGUGCAAAGAGCGACAGCGGUAGGGCGGGGCGCGCACUACACCUUCACGACCGCCUUGCCGAUGUUGCCGCCCUGCAGCAUGCUGAUGAACGAGCGCGGCGCACUGUCGAACCCCUCGUACACGGUUUCCCGGUGGACCAGCUUGCCCUGCUCGAGCCAUUCGCGCAUCUGGCCGAUGCCCUCCAUCCAGCGGGGCAGCCACCGGAAGACGACGAACCCUUCCUGCCGGAGCUGCUUCGAGACGUAGUCGCGCUGCGGGUCGGCCACCUGGGCCGGCUGCCCGUUGUAGCUCGAAACGGCGCCGCACACCGAGAUGCGCCCGUACAGGUUCAUGCGCUCGCGCACCAGCUCCGUCAGCUCGCCGCCCACGUUGUCGAAGUAGCAGUCGACGCCGCGGGGCGUUGCCGCGGCCAGCUGCUCCCGCACCGAUCCGGCCCGAUAGUUGACGACCGCGUCGAAGCCGAGCUCGCGCAGCCACCCGCACUUUUCCUCCGUGCCGGCCAGCCCCACCACAUGGCAGCCCUUAAUCUUCGCGAUCUGGCCGACCAGGCUGCCGACGGCACCGGCCGCCGCACUCACCACCACCGUUUCGCCCGGCUUCGGUUUGCAAAUCUCGAGCAGGCCAAAGUACGCCGUGUUGCCGGACAGGCCGAGCGGACCGAGCCCGACCGCCCGCGAUUGGCCCGCCACCUCCGGCACGAUGUACGGCCGCAGCUCCU